AUGGAGUUGAUAAAUGCUAACCCUGUGAUUCAUGAGAAAAGGGAGAGGCGCAUCCGGCAGGCACCAGAAAACAUAGAUGAAAAUGCACCAGAGGCCAUAGACCAGCUUGAAAUAUUUGAUAUCCUCUAUUGUUUUUCCUUUAUAUAUGGAUCUAGUAGCUUGCUUUCUUGCUAUACUUUAUUGUCAGACAUAAAGGACCCAGAACAUCCAUACUCAUUGGAAGACCUUAAUGUGGUAAAUGAAGACUCAGUCGAAAUCAAUGAUGAACUUAGUCAUGUCAGGGUUACUUUCACCCCAACAGUGGAGCAUUGCAGUAUGGCCACUAUCAUUGGCCUUUGCUUACGUGUGAAGCUCAUGCGGAGUCUUCCACCUCGUUACAAGGUGGACAUACGGUUGACGCCUGGAUCACAUGCAACUGAAGCUGCCGUGAACAAGCAACUGAGUGACAAAGAACGCGUCGCGGCCGCGCUGGAGAAUUCAAACCUGCUGGACAUAGUGGAGGAGUGCCUGUCACCGACGCUCGGCUGA